CUCUAUGCACCUGAGCUCUCUGCAUUCUAGAUCCGCGGAUCCCGCAAACGUCAGCAAAGGCUGUUCCCUCCCACGCGCGCGUUGCCCGUCGGGAUGUGGAGUUCGAAAGGCUGACGUUGCUUCUACGUGGCGGUUGCCGCUGGAUCAGCGGGACCAGGGCCUCCUCCCGGUGGGAUCGAGGAACUUGUCAUUUCUGCCCUCUGCUAGUUAAUGAUAGCGCGGAGAGAGAACCGUUUCUUAAGGAUUUUGGAAAAUUUAGCCCGGAGAAGGAACGGCUGAAGGCAACUUGGAAAAAGUGUUCACUUAAAAUGAGUGUACAUUGUAAAGGAAGGUGUUGACUGUCCGGCAAAUCCACAGGCGGAAAGAGAGCAGAAGGAGCCUAAACGUGCCCCUACUGGGGGGGAUUGAAUCCGAAACCUGGCCUCGCGCCUGGACUCUGCCCCUGGGCUAAAUCGGCAACAUGAGUGGCAACAACUUGGAUGAGAAAGAUGACUUUGAUGAGCAGUUGCGAAUGCAAAAGUUGUAUGGAGACACUAAGGAUGGAGAUACCCAGAAAGAUCCCAGUAGAGAAACCAAUUCUUUCAGGCAGCAGCCAGAUGACACCCCCUACGAGUGGGACCUGGAUAAGAAGGCUUGGUUCCCCAAGAUCACUGAAGAUUUCAUUGCUACAUAUCAGGCCAAUUAUGGCUUUCCUAAUGAUGGUGUGUCUAGCUCUACUGCAAAUGUUCAAGAUGUUAGUAGUAGGCCUGCAGAGGCAACUCCUCAAAGAAAAACUUCUGAACCCAGUGAUCCCAAAAAUAGGGGAGAAAAGAGAAAGGCUGAAUUAGGAUGGUUUCAUGUUGAAGAAGACAGAAAUACAAAUGUAUAUGUGUCUGGCUUGCCUUCAGACAUUACACUGGAUGAAUUUAUACAGCUCAUGUCCAAGUUUGGCAUUAUUAUGAGAGAUCCUCAAACAGAAGAAUUUAAAGUCAAGCUUUACAAAGAUAAUCAAGGAAAUCUUAAAGGAGAUGGGCUUUGCUGUUAUUUGAAGAGGGAAUCUGUGGAUCUUGCAUUAAAACUUUUGGAUGAAGAUGAAAUUAGAGGCCACAAAUUACAUGUCGAGGUGGCAAGGUUUCAACUGAAGGGGGAAUAUGAUGCCUCUAAGAAGAAGAAGAAGUGCAAGGAUUAUAAGAAAAAGCUAUCUCUGCAACAAAAGCAGUUGGAUUGGAGACCUGAGAGAAGGGAUGGGCCAUCCCGAAUGCGCUGCGAGCGAGUUGUCAUCAUCAAAAAUAUGUUUCAUCCCAUGGAUUUUGAGGAUGAUCCAUUGGUGCUGAAUGAGAUCAGAGAAGAUCUCCGAGUAGAGUGUUCAAAGUUUGGACAAAUUAGGAAGCUCCUUCUGUUUGAUAGACACCCAGGUGGUGUGGCCUCUGUGUCCUUCAGGGAUCCAGAGGAAGCUGAUUAUUGUAUUCAGACCCUUAAUGGACGGUGGUUUGGUGGCCGUCAAAUCACUGCCCAAGUGUGGGAUGGAACUACAGAUUACCAGGUGGAGGAGACCGAAAGAGAAAGGGAGGAAAGGUUGAAAGGAUGGGAGGCUUUCCUCAGUGCUCCUGAGGCCAAUAAAGGUCUUGGCUGUUCAAAAUCCAUCUGUGCUUCAGAAAGGGCAGGGCCUUCUAGAGGAAGACAUUUUUCAGAGCACCCUAGCUCAUCUAAAAUGAAGGCUCAAGAAGCUGCAACUCAAAUGGAAUCUGAAGAACCUGUAGAUGAAAAGUUUGAAAAAACCAAGGAUGGGGGAGAAUUUGAAGAAUAUGCUAAAGAAAGUGACCUCAAACGAGAGGCUGAAGAAUGCUAUCCCCAAAAAGAAUCUGAAAGAAGGUAUGAGGAAGGCUACCCCCAAAGAGAUUGUAGAGACUGCCUUGAAAAAGAGUCUGGAGAAGGUAGUCCCAAAAAAGAGUUGGAAGUGGUUAGUCCUAAAAAAGAGGCUAAAGUGAAUGGCCCUGGAAGAGAAUCCAAAAAGCGACUGAAAAAUAAUUUUGAAGAGAAUGGCUUUGAAAAGGAGUCUAAAGAAGAUGGUCCCAAGAAGGAGUCUGAAGAAGAGAAUGGCCCCCAAAAGGAGUUUGAAGAAAAUGAGUUGGAAAGAGAACCUGAAGAAGACUGCUCUGAAAAGCUGUUUGAAGAUGGUCCUGAAAAAGAAUUAGAAGAAAAUGGCCCCCAAAAAGAGUUUGAUGAGAAUGGCUCCGACAAGGAGUUUAAUGAAAAUGUGCUCGAAAAAGAGUUAGAAGAAAAUGACUCUGAAAAAUCAGAAUUUGAAGAUGACAACUCUGAAAAAGUGUUUGAUGAGGAGGGCUCUGAGACAGACUUUUACGAAGAAUCAGAUGAAAUGGAAGGAGAAGGAGAUACAUAUGAAAAAGUUUUUGAUGAGGAGUCUGAUGAAAAAGAGGACGAAGAAGAUGCAGAUGAAAAGGAGGAAGGAGAUGAUGCAGAUGAAAAGAUGUUUGAAUAUUCAGAUGAAAAAGAAGAUGAAGUGGAUGCAAAGGAGGAUGUAGAAGGUAUAGAUGAAAACAUGUUCGAAGAUGGUGAUGCCAACGAGAAGUUGUUUGUAGAGGAUUCCUGUGAGAAGUUGUUCGAUGAUUCUGAUGAGAACGGGACGGUGGGUGGUUUGGGGCAUGUUCAGGAAGAAGGGGCCCUGUCCACAGGCAGCAGCUUUAUCCUCAGUGAUGAUGAUGAUUAUGAUGACAUUUAAUCCCUUAAAUUUGCUUUUGAGAGAAAUUCCUCCACUACAUUUUGCCUAUGCUCUAGGGGAAUUACUAGUAGUGUUAAUGAACAUUGCAUAGUGACAGGGUGCCUUCAGAUUAAUGCAUUGACUUUUUCAUUGUUCCCGUACUUAAUGAUCAUAAAUAUUUGUUAAUUGGCUGUUCAGUUAAAGCUUCAUAGUCUAAUGCAAGUAAACUGGAUACUCGUUCUUUGUCAGAUUUGUUAAAUACAUGCAGAAUAUUUUUUAAAAGUAUUCUGGUGAAAGU